AAAGUGUUAUCAGAGCUGGGUAGACAACCAAUCUUUUAAUCUCAUUAUUAUCGGUGGAAGGAACGGCAGAUCUACAUUGUUGUGUAUUUGUAGUUGUUUUAGAAUCUGCGCAUGGGAAAAUGAGAUUUUUUUUUUUUGUUGGUUUCAUUACGCCACUGGUUUUCUCUAUUUAAGUCCCUGGAUAUACAUGUUCUAAUAAUACUUGUAAGUUUAAGAUUUUUUGAGGGGCACCUGCUAAUUUUGAAAUAAUUUAUUUAAAGUUUUGCUGCAUUUUGAACCAAACACAUCGAUUAUUUCCAAUGUUGAAACUUAAACUGGCAUAUAAACGUUGAGAUUAAACAUUCGAUUUGAAAAAAAAAAAAAAUAUAACAUGAUUUUUAUAAUCUUUUUCUUUUUUAAAUAAAAUGAUAUGUUAACACUAUUGAUCGACAUUAAAAUUAUUGAUGUUACUUGAUAAAAAUAGAGAAUUUAAAUUGUAUUCUGAAAAAGCAUAAGGACACAAUUAACUGAAUGAAUUUUGAAAAUUUUAAGGGGGGUUGGGCAUGCGCAGGAUUCUCUUCAGGGCAUUGCUAGCAACAUAUCUCAAUUCUUAAAAACUUUAUAAAAUAAAAACAAACAUUAUCUAAAGUCAAAACUGGAAACCAUCCUAAAAUAUGAAAAUUGCGGAAUUAAGAAACAAAAAAGUAUUUCAAGUUUAUCAAAAAGUGAAAAAUUUAUGAUGAUUAUGGAAAAAGAAGAUCAUUCAUUACUAAUCAAGCAUAGUAGAUUUUUACUUAACACUUUAAAAAUAAGAAAUAACGCCCCUGAUGUAUAACAAUAAUGUAAUUUGAUUUGGGGGGUGGGGGUGGGUAUGGAUACAUUUAAUAUGUUACAUGUAUGUUGUUAUACAUAUAUAAGAAUGUAAAAUGUAAAAUAAAUUUCAUUUGCACCUAUAAAUAAUUAUUAUAAUUAAUCCAAAACCUUUUCCCCCCUAUCAUAUAGCCUAUAGGCCUACCUACAUGACAUGAUUGUAUGCAUUUGAACGAUAAUUUAUUGUCCUUUUCCCCUUAUGUUUUUUUUUAUGACAUUAAGGGCCCCAGGAUUUAUUUGAUAAAUCUCAUCUUAAAUUAUGUGAAUUUUUAUCGUUCAUGAUUUGAUUUUGAUUUUUCAGAGAUAAAAAAGUUCAAUAACGCAUGGAGUUUUAGCCGUUUCUUUGUGUUAUUAGGCCGUCUGGUAUUUCAAACGUCUGAACGACCAAGAUAUUAAAAAUGGCUGCGAAAAAGCCAGCAAAGCACGGAGGGAAAAAGAAAGGUUACAAAGCUAGUACAGUCAAGUUAUCAAACAAAAGGACCUCCAAACUAGCCAAGCAGGGAAAACUAAAGCCAAAGAGAAGGAGGAAAGGACUGGGGGAUCUAAACCAGCAGAAUGAGGGGAGGAUCAAGGAUCAAGUAAAUGGGAGGGGCGAUGGGGAAGCGUCGGAGGAGAGUGAUUUAGGGGAAGAGGAUCUGGAGUACUAUGGCACACCCGGAAGCAUGCCAGGCUUUAUAAGUGCUGCCAAGUCUGGAUCACUGUCAAAAGAACCUGUAAACAGUGGCAAGAAAAGGAAGAAGAUCGAGGAAGAGGAAGUGGAGACGUACGAACGAAGACCACGGAAACUGUUCGCUAACGAUGACAACGUUAAGUCACUGCUACCCAUUAAAACAAAGACAGGGGUCAUUCCACAAAUGACCCACAUCAAGCAAGAUGAUGAACCCGAAGUGAAAGAGGAGGAGACUGAACAGCCAGAAACAAAUAUUCCUGAUGAAAAAGAAGAGUUACCUGUCCUGACAAAUGUAGAAUUGUACGCCAACAGACGACAGAAACUAUGGCUCCGCAAGUCCAGAAUGGCAGCCCUCGCCAGCUCCCUGAUAGAAAAUCCGGAGGAAAAUAUUAAAAAAUUGAAGGAGUUGAGGUCGUAUCUGACAGAGAGUGAUCCUGACGUAUUUCUGACAGUACGUAAGCUCGCCAUGGUGUCAUUGAUGGAGGUCUUCAAAGACAUUAUACCAGGCUACAGGAUUCGACUGCCGACUGAGGCAGAGAAAGCGCAAAAGCUGAAGAAAGAAACGAAGACGAUACGUGAUUUCGAGGAGACGUUUUUGUUGAAUUACAAAAAAUAUUUAGAGUUUUUGGAAUUAACUUGUAAAGGAAAACUUGUCGAAGACAAAGAAACGAAAUAUGCAAAGGGUGGCAUGGAUCUGAAGCUCCCGCCUUUGGCCUCACAGGCUCUGUCGGUGUUGGCAGCGAGGUGUCUAUGUGAAAUCCUGAGGACACACCCCCACUUUAAUUACAGAAAUAACAUCAUCAGUGUCCUGGUACCCUACAUGAACCGAGGAAACAGGGAGGUCGGCAGUAUUGUAUGUAAGGCGGUCCAGGAUAUUUUCAGGAAUGACAAAGCAGGAGAAGUGUCAGCGGAGAUUGUUAAGUCCAUCAGUAAAAUGAUCAAAGUUCGAGAGUUCAAGGUCAGGAAGGAGGUGCUUGACACAUUCUUAAGCCUGAAAAUUAAAGAGGUCGAUUACGACGGAGAUUCCAUAAAAAAGGACGGAAAAUCGAGGAAAGAAAUGAUGAAGAAGUUGUCCAGGAGAGAAAGAAAAAAAAAGAAAAGGAUGGAGCUAUUAGAACACGAACUUCUGGAAACAAGAGCCUCAGAGGACAAGAACCGGAAAAUUAAAAUGCACACAGAGAUAAUUCAGACUGUGUUUCACACCUACUUCCGAGUGCUGAAGAAUUUACAGAAGUCAGUUCUUUUGUCGUCUGUGCUGGAGGGACUAGCUAAAUUUGCUCAUCUGAUCAACGUAGAUUUCUUUGAAGAUUUAUUCAACGUUUUCAACACAUUGAUAGAUUCAGGGAGCCUGGGUUACAGAGAGUCCCUACACUGUAUAAAGACAGCCUUCACCAUUCUGAAGGGACAAGGAGAGGUCCUCAAUAUCGAUCCUAUGAGUUUUUACACUCACCUCUACAGCACCAUGCUUAAAGUCCACGCUGGAAUUUCUAGUGACGAUGCAUCUAUUGUGUUGGAGUGCGUGGAGUGUAUGUUAGGUCGCAGAAAGAGACAGAUUUCCCAACAGAGGGUGUUAGCUUUCAUAAAGAGGAUCUGUACUCUCAGCCUUCAACAAGAGGGACAUUGCUGUGUGGCGCUGUUAGCCACACUUAGAGGUUUCAUUGUGAAUUACCGGUCCAGUGAACUCCUGUAUGAUAACGACACACAAGGUAGUGGUGUAUUCCUGCCGGAGUUACCUCACCCUGAACACAGUAAUGCACACAACACCAUGUUAUGGGAGAUAACUCUUAUGAAGCGUCACUACCAACCUGUUGUUCGACAAUUUGCCAAUCAUCUAGCAAAGAUGGCACCUAGCUCAGGGGAAGGUCAACUUUCUGUAGAUCUGAUUCGCAGAGAUCCAAAGCAGUUUUUGAAAGAAUACAAGCCAACAGAGGUUUUCUUUGGAGUUAAAAUCCCAGAAAAGUGUUCAACAAAAAAGAAAAGUUUUAAACCUGGACCAGGAUUCAUUCAACCGGAAAUUCAACAGUUAGUCGCAAAUGUUGAUAGAGGAUUGGGGUUUGACAGUUCAGGAGAUGUUAAUGUGACAUAAUGUCUAGCAAUAAAAAGGAUCUAAAUGAAACAGUGACGUUUUACAUUAGAGUCUUGAACUAUUUCAGCUCAGAAGACAAUAUUAUAGAUGAGGAUAUUGUUAUCAACUUCUGUGUGGAGGUUGAUAUUAAAAUGAAGAAAUGUUA